GCAUUACUCCGCCGGAAGUACAAAGUAGUUGGUUCCUGGGACAUUUCUAGGUUUUGGUGACGUUCACUAAUGUGAUAUUUUGAAGAGGCUAGCGAAAGUCUGAAGUAUUGCUAACAAGCUCCUUGAAGCUAACCACGGGACGGGGGACGCCACCAGUGUGCAGGCGACGCGCGUUGAUACUCCGUGUUUCUUUUCAUCUCAUUGUCUGUAUGGACUGAGGUCAGAGAUUAUCCUUGCAGUCGUUGCCACAAAGGCCACACGGUCCCAAGUUGAUUGACUGGUACGUGAAAUUACAGGUGUUGAAGAGGAAGUCAAGAUGGUUUUAGCCGACUUGGGAAGAAAAAUAACCUCGGCGUUGCGAUCGCUGAGCAACGCCACCAUCAUCAAUGAAGAGGUUUUAAAUGCUAUGCUGAAGGAGGUGUGUGCUGCUUUGCUGGAAGCUGAUGUGAACAUCAAACUGGUGAAGCAGCUCCGAGAAAAUGUCAAGGCAGCCAUUGACCUGGAAGAGAUGGCCUCUGGCCUGAAUAAGAGGAGAAUGAUCCAGCACGCUGUCUUCAAGGAGCUGGUCAAGCUGGUAGAUCCAGGAGUCAAGGCUUGGACGCCCACCAAAGGAAAGAAUAACGUCAUCAUGUUUGUGGGGCUUCAAGGCAGUGGGAAAACCACAACCUGUUCAAAGCUGGCAUACUACUACCAAAGAAAAGGCUGGAAGACAUGUUUAAUAUGUGCAGACACAUUCAGAGCUGGUGCCUUUGAUCAGCUGAAGCAAAAUGCUACAAAAGCCAGAAUUCCCUUCUAUGGGAGCUACACAGAGAUGGACCCUGUCAUCAUAGCUGCAGAAGGUGUCGAAAAAUUCAAAAACGAAAACUUUGAAAUAAUCAUUGUUGACACCAGCGGUCGACACAAACAGGAGGACUCCCUCUUUGAGGAGAUGCUCCAGGUUUCAAAUGCUGUGCAACCAGACAACAUUGUGUACGUAAUGGACGCCUCCAUUGGUCAAGCUUGCGAAUCCCAGGCCAAAGCUUUCAAAGACAAGGUGGACGUGGCGUCUGUGAUCAUCACAAAGUUGGACGGUCAUGCCAAGGGUGGCGGUGCCCUUAGUGCAGUUGCUGCCACCAAGAGUCCCAUCAUAUUCAUUGGUACUGGAGAACACAUUGAUGACUUUGAGCCCUUCAAGACACAGCCCUUCAUUAGCAAGCUGCUGGGCAUGGGAGACAUUGAAGGUUUGAUUGACAAGGUGAACGAGCUCAAACUGGAUGACAACGAAGAGCUGAUUGACAAGCUAAAACAUGGCCAGUUCACCCUGAGAGACAUGUAUGAACAGUUCCAGAACAUCAUGAAGAUGGGCCCUUUCAGCCAGAUAAUGGGGAUGAUCCCAGGCUUUGGGACAGACUUCAUGAGCAAAGGAAAUGAGCAGGAGUCCAUGGCAAGGCUUAAGAAGCUCAUGACCAUCAUGGACAGCAUGAACGACCAAGAACUGGACAACAAAGAUGGCGCUAAGCUUUUUAGCAAACAACCCAACAGAAUCCAGAGAGUGGCCCGAGGGUCGGGGGUCGCGACCAGGGAUGUACAAGAGCUGCUGACUCAGUACACCAAAUUCGCCCAGAUGGUGAAGAAGAUGGGCGGCAUCAAGGGCCUGUUCAAAGGUGGAGACAUGUCCAAGAACGUCAACCCCUCUCAGAUGGCGAAGCUGAAUCAGCAGAUGGCUAAGAUGAUGGAUCCAAGGGUUCUUCACCAUAUGGGUGGCAUGGCUGGACUCCAGUCUAUGAUGAGGCAGUUCCAACAAGGGGCGGCCGGCAACAUGAAGGGAAUGAUGGGAUUCAAUAACAUGUGAACAUCUGAGCCUUAACAAAAACCCAAUUUAUUUAAACCAUUUUAUUUUAGCAGCCAGGAGAGGGAUACAAAAUCCAAAAUUAUUAUUUUGUUUCUAUUAUAUAAUUUCCUUCCCCUUUUCUUUGUGAUUAAAAAAAGAAUGUGCAAACUAACGCGUUAGGAGAUAAACUCUAGUGAUUUUACAGAAACUUGUGGAGGCAGUGAGAUUCGGGAUCCGGUAAUGGAGGAUCGUGUUUAAUGUUUUCGACUUUGAGCGUUGCAAUUAAGACUGGAUCAAAUUGAAAGGGCGAGAGGGAGUAGUGCGAAGUACAUCUAAUGAGAAUUUAGUUUCUGGCAGUAUUUUGUCAUGAAAUGUUAUAUAAUAAAAUUUGUAUGGCAACGUUUUAA